GAUUUUCAAUUUCAUCACAUGGCACCUUCCACCGCAUCUCCGCCGCAAGCGGCGGCGGCUUCCACGAUUCCAUGGCAAAUUCUUGAUAUCGUUGCCAACAAUCUUGAUCCCAAAACCCUAGCCUUAGCUUCAUGUGUUUCCAAAUCAUGGAGCUCCGCCAUGUCCUCCGACCACCUCUGGGAACACCUCUGCACCACCCAUUUCCCUUCCCUCUCCCACCUCCGUUUCGCCGACUCCCCACCCCUUCCCUACCGCCGACUCUUCGGUCUCGGCCUCACUUCCACCAAGCGCCGCCAACGACCACCGCAAAAGCCUCGAAUUCCCCUAGAAAGCCUCCUCUUCAUCAUAACAGUAAACAACUCAAAGUCGCCGCCAGUGACCCUGAUAAAACCCGGCACCGCCCUACCAUCAGACCCGAAAUCCAUGUUUCGUUUCGAUUUCGACGUUCGUGAUCAUGAAAAGUGGCUGAGGUUUGAGGUGUUGGAGGAGACGAACGUGACGUGGAAUGUGGUGUUGAGAGGGUUUGAAGGUGUUUUCACGAUGAUGGAUUGUAAAGGGAAAGGGAGUUUUGUGUCGGGUAGUGAUGGGUGGUUCUCGACGGAGCUGCCGGCGGCAGGGUGUUGUUGUGCGGCGAGCUGCGGUGGGACGAGUGGGAUGGUGGCGGAUAUGAGGUUGGUGAUGAGGGAGGAGGGGAGGAGGAGGGUGGUGGAGAGGGUGAGUGUGGGGGUGUUGAGUAUUGUGAGUUGGAGAUAUGUUGGUGUGGAUGAUGGUCUGAGAUAUUUGCAGCAUUUUCUUGAACCUUGUGAUGUGUGAUAUAUGUGUGUAUAUAUAUGUAUAUGUAUGUAUAUGUAUAUGUAUAUGUUUACACACUUUUUAUGUGUAUUACGUUCCACUUUUAUUUAAAGGACUUGUAAGAUUUGAUUUUUA